GUUUUGUUUGAAUUGCAGUUACGGUAGCGCACGAGUGUGUGUGGCUCUCUUUUCUUAUCUUCUUUGGCUCCUCCGUCAGCAUAAACACAACUCUAAAGCUGAAAGAUUAUGUGUUUUGGGCUUCCUCUGUUUGCUUCUUGUGUCAGAGCUUCCCUCCGAGUCAUGUCUGGAGAAGAAGCGCAUCAGAAAUCCACGGCGGACUCGGCAUGGCUGGAGGAGCUGCAGUUGCCUCAUGUGCUGAUCUCUGAGAGAGUGCGCUCGUUGCAUGCGACCAUCGAGCAAGAAUGGGAUUACCUCCGGCGCAGCGCGUGCCAGACCGCCGCCGGCCGGGCACUGUGGAAUCACGUGAUUCGUGAUCCCCUGGCUGCGGUGCUUGCAGGAGAGAGCUACCUCAGAAGCCUCUACGAGAAGAUGAGGCAGGACAGGCUUAGCAAUGCCCGAGAAGUCUCGGGGGUGAUUCUGGCAGUACGAACUCUUUGGUUCGAUUCCAGGAUCGAAGCUGCCAUCAAUUCCUUCGGCGACAGGGGAGCUCAUCAGGUGGUUCUUCUCGGUGCAGGCAUGGAUGCGAGAGCUUACCGCCUCAGCUGCCUCAAGGAAAGCGUUGUAUUCGAAGUGGACUUCCCUGAGCUCUUGCAGAUCAAGGUUUCCCUCCUCAAGGAAAUGAUGGCAUCUUCCAAAGACCAACAAAUCGUGAUGAUAGCCAAGUCCCUGGUCAGAGUGGCAGCUGACCUCAGGGAAGGGGACUGGAUCGAGGAACUGCAGAAGCGUGGGUUUGUUCCUACAAGGAACACCGUGUGGGUGCUCGAAGGCAUCCUCUACUACCUGUCUCACCUCCAUGCCAUGCAAGUUCUUGAGGUCAUCGCUGCCAACUGCAACUUGACCCACACCGUCCUCCUCGCGGACUUCAUGAACAAAUCUUCGGUUUCCCUCUCCAACUCCACCUUCCAUUUCUACAGUGACUGGCCAGACCAUUUGCUGCCCACGCUCGGGUAUUGCCAUGUCAAGCUCUCACAACUAGGGGACCCUGAUGCUCACUUUGGCUUGCUGCAUGACCCCCAGAACCUGUUCAACAAGUUAAGGAGCUUGCCCAGAUCCAUGGAGACUCACCCGGAGGAUGGAACACCAUGCCGACGGUUGUACCUGGUGGAAGCCUCCGGAGGUCCAAGCCAGGAUAGCUGAUAGAUCAAGAGAUUCCAAGGAAGAGGAAACAUGCAUGUUCUGAGACAUAUACAUAGUAGAUUCUAUAGUUCCAUAGCUCCUCUUAUUAAUUUCCUUGAUUCAUGCAGAAACAGAAACUUGUACCUGUUCUUGAUUCAUGUAUAUGUGCAUAAUGCACAAAGCUAGUGGAAUGAAUGGCAAAGGAAAUUGCAAAACAGAGUGCCAAAUGGUGGAAUUUAAGGGUAUUAUUCAGUGACAA